ACAAAUUUAAUUUUCUUGAACAACUCAUCACCCUCAUCACAAAACUUGCGAACUACCACUUCUUACCUUUCUUGUCUUCCAUAACCCUCUUCAUGCUUGGCCAACUCAAACCAGGCCAGACGCGUCUGCCGCUCGCCAGUCUCGAUUUUGGGGAUCGCGAUCUUACCGAUGGAUUCACAGAUGUACGCGAUGGGACUCACUCGUCGAUUUCUGGGUUUGGACAUCCCCGCGGCAGCACACCGAUCUCUGUCCUCAGUUCGCGUCGGUCAACAACCUCAACAGCCCUGUCGGGCGAAAGCCCAGAAUCCAGGAGAGUCUUACCCAACAUGAGCGCGUUGCUGGACUUCCUUGAUAAUGAUAAUACCAAUCCGUUCCCUCAAUCAUCUACUUCGAAUCGCAAAUCAGCCAAAUCCGCAUCCCAUCGAUCCUCUCGAUCAUCCCCUCAAACAAGACCUGCAAGUCAUCCUCAUCCUAAGCAAACCUCGCUCACCCCUCGUCCUAGGGCUUCAGAUCUAGAUCUACCCUCACAUUUUUUAAAUACCUACGAACGCGCCAAUCCUUUUCGAGGAGCCCUCCCAACUUCCUCUACACCUUUUACAACCCAUCAUGAUGAUUUCUCGGAGAUGAGUUCCCCCCUGAACAAGCGACACAAUGGGCCGUCUGGAUUACAAGCCAGUAUUCCGCCACUCCAAUUCAGUCAUCCCACGACUGCUGCCCAGACCUCUCCGAGUCCUGCUCCUCCUAAUCAAGCUUCGCCGAACCCACCUCGACAAUAUUCGCCUCCGACCGACCGACCCGCGAGUCAUCUUCCGACAGAAACACCGGCUAAAGUGCCGGCGAAAGCUCCCAGUGCGGCGGAUCGGCUGGCGGCUGCAGUCAUGGAAGGAGCCCCAGAGUCUCAUUGGACCUUUCUCAUGGAACGUGGCUCUAGCGAAAAUGCGGCGGGGAUCAGACGAUCAAAGGUCGUCGAAGAAUUGCUACAACCCAUGCGCCCGUCAAUCUCUUGUCCUGGCAAACAAGCAAUCCAAAUACCUGAGAAUAUCAAAGAUAGUGAUCUCCCACAAUCCUUGCUCGAUGAGACCCGACGCACAUCGCAUCUCCCAUCUCAGCCGCCCCUGCAAUCGACCUCAGAACCGAUCAUGGGUCGAUCUCGUCUCACUAGAUCGGCCGGCCAUUCUUCCUCUCCCAAUCUUAUCCGACCCACACCCCUUCGGCCGUCUGUGGCCCCUGCUGAUGUUGAAGGCCCCAGUGGCACCAAUCCAUCUUCAGAAACCGAGCAGACAGAAGUUCUUGACGUCCGAGUCAACCAAUUGCUCUCUCACAUCCGAUCGGAUCAAUUAGAGAAAGCCAACCUAGUAGCCGCGCUUGCUGAAGCACGAAGCGAGGUUGCAGCUUUGAGCGAGGAAGUGAGAUUACUCCGGAUAGGGGUCCAAAAGCUGGGCGAGGAGAAGCCUCCGCAACAACAUGUAGAUUUCCGACUUCAACCGCGCCAACGUCCGACCGUUAACGCCGACCCUAGCAGCCAUCCAGGCCGAUUUACAAACGAAGUAGACAAGAGUCCUGGAGACCCCCCUCACAGGAUCAAAGACUUGACUCAACAUCUCUUGGGCGAUCUGGCCCUGGGACUCACUUUCACUCGUUGCGUCGACCAGCUGCUGAUGCAUCCGACUUCAGUCCGAGCGACUCAUUCCGACCCUCUUCUUUCUCCCCCAAGGCCCGACUUCCGUCCUGAUUCACAGAUCUUUGAUCCUGAUAACUUGGAACGCAUGUUUUGUAGAUUGAAGGUCUGGAAACAACUCGUCCUUCGUAAAUCGUCCGCUUCUUUCUCCACUCAUCCUUCUCCUCCUGUUGAUCCUGAUCCUUCAGUCCUUCCGGCCUAAACAAAAAAAACCCCUCAUUUUUCGAGGUAGUUUUUUUUUUUUCGUUGAUCAUCUGCGCUUGCUUGCUUUUUCUUUUGUUUUCUUGCUCAAAAUGUCUUAUUUGUCUUAUACAAACUACCUCGUUUUGUAAAUCUUCAUCUUCUCUCUUUCUCGCCUAUCUAAUGCUGUAAAGUUUGAUAUCUAGAAUUGUAAUUUAGCCCAGCCCGUAGCGGCUUUAAUAGUUAUACCCCUCCC